CUUACUACAUAGGAGUCGAAUUUCUCGGUACCUAGCCGCUAUAUUGCUUCCCAUGUGUUGGGGUUGCAGAUGCAUGAAGGGUGUAUGUGUUACGGGCCUUCAUAGCCUUCCGUGAAGACGUCAUACGUCUCCUUGCGAGGGGGGUCUCGUUACCCGUUAGUACGAAAAGCUCAGAUGUGCCGGAACUGAGACACGAGUACAUAACUCCUACGGUGAGACCAAAAUGUGUCUAUACGGCACCCAAUCGAAUUUUGCCUCUCCCUCCUGAUAUAUCCUCAAAGUUUCCUGGAUAUAGCUGCCAUCUUGAUAAACCCAUUUUCAUCUUACCCACCCCCCCUUGACGCAACCGGCACGAUGGCUCUAGUAACAAACCGGAUCUUGCCCAACCAUCAUGAUAUGGUUUCUAUCCCCGUUGAUGAGCGAGAAGAGAUCAUCAAGAAAGUACUGGGUCAGAAGGUUCUAGUUCUAGACACACUAUUUUUGAUGCCGGAAUGGCCUGGAUAUCGCCAGCCGGAUGUCGACGAGGUCAAUGUGAUGAUCGAUGAAUGGCUACUAAGUGUCAAUGUCGCCCAGAGGAAAAAAGCCAAGCAUCGUGCUCUGGGGGAUUACACCACUCUCACGGCGCUGUACUACCCCCAUUGUAAGAAGGAGAAGAUGCUCCCUCUCGCAAAAUUCCUUUAUUGGAUUUUCUUCUUUGAUGAUGAAAUUGACGCCGGUGGGGAGCUCACCCGAGAUGAUAAAGGCACCAGAGAAAUUUGCCAGCAGAUGAACCAAUGCGUUGAUGACUGCCUAGGCCCCGACCCCAACUUCACCCCUCCCCCCAAUGUGUCAGGAACGGUAGAAAUCUUUUAUCCGAUCUUGGAAGAGUUGAGGGAGGGGAUGGGCGCUUCUUCCAUAGAGCGGUUUCGGACAGAGCUCCACGAUUAUCUCAACGGCGUGAAGAGGCAGCAGCAAGUUCGACAAGGACUCCGUCUUCCAGACCCCUGGUAUCACCUUGGAAUCCGGGCAGCCGACGUUGGCGUUAUUCCCAGCAUCACACAGAACGAAUUUGCCAUGGAGUUUGAGCUACCGGAUCACAUCCGCAGGCACGAAGCGAUGGAGACCAUCGUUCGAGAAGUGACAAUCCUUACUAUCCUCAUCAACGAAGUUAUGUCCGUACAGAAGGAAUUUCGAUCUGGCCAGAUUGAAAAUCUUAUCUUCCUCUUUAUGAAUAGAUACGAUAUUUCUCUCCAAGCUUCCAUAGAAAAAGUGCAAGACCUCAUCCGCCAGCACUAUGAAAUUUGCAUUGCCGCUGAGAAAAGACUACCUUGGAGCAAGGACGACGAGAAUCUGAAUGAAGACAUCCGCGAGUAUGUCCGGGGCUGCCAGAGAUUGGCGACCGGCACUGCAGGCUGGAGUAUGUCGUGUGAGAGAUACUUCAAGAAUAGCCAGGUAAAUGAGAAGAGGGAGAUUCUGAUGGACUUCUCAUAUGCAUGAAUGCUAGAGGAGAGGGGAUGUUCUGGUGAUCACGGAGCUUUCCAUUAUUUACAGAGUACGAUGCGACAUACCUAAAUGAGAAUGUUUCAUUAUGUCACGUAGCAAUUGAACCAGCCCUUAUAUGCCUACAUACCGCAAAAGCGUAAUGUAGGCGUCUACGUUUUACGCAACACACUAUUACUAGCACUAGUGCGCAAGC